AUGGAAACUAAAAGCCGCGCCGCUCGCUCAAGUCAAAAGGGCCACAACACCAAAAGCACAAUGCGCGACACGAAGAGCGCCAUCUUGAUAACCGCAACAUCCAUAGUUAUCAAACCAAGAUUCAGCCGGCGGGAAAAAAUGCCGAAGGCCGGCAUGGUGUACCAUUUCAAAAACACCCUCAUGAACCGAAGCCGCAGCGAAAUCGGCAUCGUGACGGCCAUCAAGGCGGGCACCGGUGCGCGCCAAAUAACUACCCGUCUGCUCGAUGACACGUUCUCCCAAAUCUUCCGAGAAGCCACAAAUUUAAUACAGGCUUCAAAAGAGAAUUGUCAGAUCAGCCAUUUUGAGGACAAUCCCAUCGAGGUGAUAUCCUCCAUCCGUCGCCUCCCCGCCCUCCAGCAUAUCUGGAUGCGGCGCAACCUCAAGUUCCUAGCUGGGAUAUUCCUCCUGCUACGCGCCGCCCGCCAGAACUGGCACAGAAACCCAAGGGAUCCUUACAGCAUUUCGAAGCACUGCAAGACGGCCCAGGCAAUCGACAAAUUUCUGGCUGUCGAUGCCCUCGACUAA